AUGAGUGGCGACAAUGGGACAAACAAACCGACCUCUGGCGUCGUGUCCUUCGUGACCGGCGGAUUCGGCGGCGUGUGCCUCGUGGCAACGGGUCAUCCGCUGGACCUGAUUAAGGUCAACAUGCAGACACAGGCACAGCCGCUGCCGGGUCAGUCGCCCAUGUACUCGAGCGCCAUUGACUGCGCCCGCAAGAUGGUCGCCAAAGAUGGGAUCCGCGGACUGUACCGCGGUAUGUCUGCGCCGCUUGUCGGCGUCACGCCCAUCUUUGCCACGUGCUUUUGGGGCUACGACAUGGGCAAACUCAUUGCGGUCAAGGCUUCAGGUCAGUCGCCGUCGAGCCCUUUGUCCAUGGGACAGAUUAUGUUUGCCGGGGGGUUCUCCGCCAUCCCAGCCACUGUGGUCAUGGCACCAGGUGAGCGGAUCAAGUGCUUGCUCCAAAUCCAAGCGCAGGCUGUGGAACGUGGUGAACCAAAGCUGUACAAUGGUAUGGUCGACUGUGCCAAGAAACUGUACCGCACGGGCGGUCUCUCGAGCAUCUUUCGUGGCUGGGAAGCUACGCUGCUGCGUGACGUGCCUGGCUCGGUGGGGUACUUUGGCGGGUUUGAAGCUAUUAAACGAGGCAUAACGCCCGCGGGCCAGAACCCGUCCGACUUGAACGCGUUCCGUGUGUUCGUGGCGGGCGGCUUUGCCGGGAUCAUCAACUGGGUCAUUGCCAUUCCGCCCGAUGUGAUCAAGUCGCGCAUCCAGACCGCGCCAGAGGGCACGUACCGUGGCAUUGUGCACUGCUUCCAGGUACUCAUGAAGCAAGAAGGACCAGGCGCGCUUUUCACGGGCGUGGGACCAGCCAUGGCACGCGCGUUUCCAGCGAACGCCGCCUGCUUUCUUGGUGUCGAGUUCUCGAAAAAGUUUCUGGCCUUCUUGGGCAUCUACUAG